CAGUUCCGGUUCGAUAGUGGAAGGUGGUUGUUGUUGCGAGCUGCUUGGUCUCGGCGUCCAGCUCAAACAUGGGGAAAUCAUUCGCUAACUUCAUGUGCAAGAAGGACUUCCAUCCAGCGUCCAAGUCCAACAUCAAGAAAGUAUGGAUGGCUGAACAGAAAAUAUCAUAUGAUAAGAAGAAACAAGAGGAAUUAAUGCAACAAUACCUUAAGGAACAAGAAUCAUAUGAUAAUAGGUUGCUUAUGGGUGAUGAACGUGUAAAGAACGGUCUUAAUUUUAUGUAUGAGGCUCCACCCGGAGCUAAAAAAGAAAACAAAGAGCAAGAAGAUGCAAAAGGAGAGACUGAAUACAAAUUUGAAUGGCAGAAAGGAGCCCCACGAGAAAAAUAUGCAAAGGAUGACAUGAAUAUCAGAGACCAGCCAUUUGGUAUUCAGGUGCGGAAUGUGAGGUGCAUUAAAUGUCACAAAUGGGGUCACGUCAACACUGAUAGAGAGUGUCCUUUGUUUGGUCUUUCUGGAAUCAAUGCAAGUUCAGUUUCCAGUGAUGGCUCAGGGCCAUCAAUGCACCCCUCGGAGCUAAUAGCGGAGAUGAGAAACAGUGGGUUUGCACUAAAACGAAAUGUACUGGGGAGAAACUUGACCGCAAAUGAUCCAUCACAGGAAUAUGUCGCAAGUGAGGGUGAAGAAGACCCAGAAGUUGAAUUCUUAAAAUCACUAUCAACUAAACAAAAACAGAAACUACUCAGGAAAUUGGAUCGCCUUGAGAAGAAAAAGAAGAAAAAGAAAAAAGAUAGAAAGAAGCAGCAGCUGCAAAAGAAGAAAAACAGAAGUAAACACAAAAAACAAAAGAGCAAGUCCUCCUCCUCCUCCUCUAGUUCUAUCACCUCCUCCUCUUCCUCUUCAUCCUCUUCUUCCUCAUCUUCCUCCUCCUCGUCCUCCUCCUGCACCUCCAGUGAAGAUUCACAAAGCAGCAAUGAGAGUGAGAGUGACAGCAAGGAGAGAAAAACACGAAAGAAAAUGGCUUCUAAGAAGAAAAAAAAAUCCAAGUCUUCAGAAGGUGACGGCAGUGAUUCUGAAGGGAAGGGGGGAAAGUCUGGGAAGGCCCAACCUGAUGAGGAGCCCUCCAGGAGUCACAGUCACAAGGAAAAGGCAAAGGAGAAGUCGAGGUUUUCAAAGCAAGAGAGUUUUGGGGAGAAUAACAAAUGGAGCUACUGUGGUUCUGAAACAAAGUACAAAAAGCAGAAUCACAGCCCGGGCAAGGGGAGAAAUAGUGGGAGCCAAAGCAGGAGAGACAGGGAUCACAGAAGCUCCAGCACAAGUCACAGCAGUUCUGGCCCAAGACAUACAAGAAAGAGACCAGGCCGGAGCCCUAGCGAAGAGCAGCACAGAAAAAGGGAGUCCCCAGGCUCCAGCACAUGUGUGUAUAGAGGUAAAAAGAAACCCAGAGAGGACUCCAGGGGUGAGCGUGGCAGGGCAACACACAGACAAUGAAGCAGGAGUGAGACUGAGUAAAGAGAGAGGAUCUGUGACAGGUACCUGGAAAUAGAAAUAGCUCCACUGUUUAUUGACUACCUUCCCCAAGGGCUAAAUUAUGUACUAUUGUCUUUCUAAUAAAAAGCUCUAUUUUCAUUUUCCACUCCUGUAAACUGUCAUUUCACAAAACUCCAUCAGUACCAUGAGAAUGAAUCUUGUGAAUAUUUGUAAGUAGCCUGUUUUUUGUCUGUAGAAAUAUUUUCUUUUGGUGUUUUUUGUUUUCCUAUGCUAAAGGAACACUCAUAUAACUUUGUAAAUGACGUUUUCUUUGUUUUUAAAUAUCUUUUUUAAAAAAAGAAUGACAGUUCAUUGAAUGGGUAUAAUUUAAUUUGAAUUUCUUAUUGUUUUUAAGGUUUAGAUUUACUUUGGGCAAAGCAUAAUCUGUGUAAAACCCUCUUGUAAUGUGGUUAAACGCUAGAAUAAUAUUUCCAACUCCUUCUGGGGUAAGAAGUGGCCUGAAUAUAGUAUUUUGGGCAAUACUUGAGGGAGUUUGGGUACUGAAUUUUUUUUAUUCUUAAACUUCUACCUUAGAGGGCAGUUUUCAUGAGCUAAAUAAUGGUUUUAAAAGUUCUACAGAAAUGUGUAAUAUGUUUUGGCCUCCUGCAGUGUAUAAUGGGGUGAGGACUAUCUUAACAUCAUGAACCCCUGUUGGUCUUUGUCACUGUGGAGUCAAGUUAUUGUUUGAUAAUUUUUCAAGACAUGAAAAGAAUACUGUUUCCAGGUAUUUCAUUCCAGGCAGUAGGAUAUUAACUUGGAUGCCUUUUUUUUGUUGGCACACAGCUAUUAAGCUUUUAUUUUUCUAAAGGCUUAAGUUUUCACUUCAUGUCAUAAAGAUGAACCAUUUUAAUAAAUUCCAUUAUUUUUUAGAAGGA